AUGGAUACUACCAGCAACAGCAGCAGGCCACUGCUUAUCAUUGGCGCCGGGAUCGCUGGCCUUAUCCUAGCACAAGCAUGUCGAAAGCACAACCUGCCGUACGCUUUGUUCGAGCGUGAUGCCUCACCGCAUGCCCGCUCUGCAGGCUGGGGUCUCACCCUGCACUGGUCGUACGCAACACUUCGUUCGUUGCUACCAGAGGAUAUCUUGCUUCUGCUGCCACAGACAUAUGUCAAUAAAGUGGCUGUCGAGCGUGGUGAGAUAGGCAGUUUUGCGUUCUUCGAUCUCAGUACCGGAGAAUCAAGAUGGCGGGUUCCGUUGCCUAUGGGUGGCGAGCGGAUUAGAGUGAGCAGAGAGAGGCUUCGGUCAUUGCUGCAUCAAGGCCUGGAAAUGGAAUGGGGCAAGACCUUAGUCGGCGUGAAAAAGGGACAUGACGGAGUCGUGGCCGUGUUUAACGAUGCCACGGAGGUCGAGGGAUGUAUGGUAGUCGGCUGCGAUGGCGCGCGCUCGCAGGUCCGCCGACUCUGCCAUGGAGACGACUCCCAUAAUUCACAGCUCCCCGUCCGCUUCAUUGGCGCUGGUGCGCGAUAUCCCGAAACCAGUAUAGCUGAGAUUCGCAAACUCGACCCUUUCUUCCUGCAAGGCUCCGAUCCGCGUACAAAUGCGUUCCUUUGGUUCAGCUUCCUUAAUACGCCCUCUGACCCGGGCUCUAUAUCGACUGAAGCCGAUGAACAUACCGUGGACAGUGAGGCUAGUACUGGCAAGCUCUACCGCUGCCAGAUAAUGACGUCGUGGCCCUAUCGCCCUGGGUUUCUCGAUUGUGCGGAGCCGGUGGAGGUGCCAGAAAGCAAGGUCGAUCAGCUCAAGUGGAUGAAGAAGCUCGCUGAGGAUUGGGUCGAGCCUUUCAGAAGCCUAGUUCAAGGCAUUUCAGAAGAUAGCGAAGUGAAGCCUAUUGACCUAGCGGACUGGCUGCCAAGGUCCACUGCCGCCACACCGCUUGGUCAGGAGUGUGGUGGGCGGAUAGCACUCGUUGGCGAUGCAGGGCACGCUAUGGUUAUGUAUCGUGGUGAAGGAGCCAACCAUGCCAUUGUGGAUGUAGGCAGGCUCUUCGAACUUGUAAAGCCGCUCAUGGAUGGCAGAAGCCCGAGCGACAACGGUGCGUGGCAGACUGCCAUUGAAGAGUACGAAAGGGAAAUGAUCGAGCGUAGCUCUACGGGCGUAAAAGCCAGUCGUCAGGCGUGUUUAGACGCACACGACUGGUCAAGGCUUAACGAUGAGAGUCCGCUUGUGAAACGGCGUGUGAUGAGGGAGGACUUGGAAGCGGCUCCGCAGCCACAGCACUAG